AUGUUGCUGACCGUAUUUUAUGCGGCAGCAACAUGGAUGCAAUCGAGGAGAUUUGGAUCAUUGAGAACUAAAAUCAAUCAGUUUGUUAAAAAUCAAGCCAGCAUUGUAUUUUACAAAAUUCCAGAUUGGAAAAAUGAAUCUGAUGAACAAAUGCUCGUAAUGACAACAUCUUCUUUAUAUUGUGUUAACAGACAAAGGGCCAUGAUAGAAGAAGUAUUGCAUUUUGCUGGAAAUACAAGAUCAUGUGCAUUAUUUCCUCAACAAAUUGUUAAAGUUAAUAAUUGGAUAACAAUAACGGAUGGAAGUCCGUUUCCUAUUAAAAUGAGAAAAAAGGGUGUCAUUUUAAAAGAUCCAAAAUUAUUUAUAUUAUUGGAAGCUGAAAGUUCUGAAAAUUCAGAUAAUUCUCAUUUAUCAAAUGCUUAUUCUUACAACUUGUGGCAAAUAGGAAUACCUAGAGCAUGGAGAGCCGAUGGGCAUUUGGGUAUUAUCGUCGAAAGCGAUAUUGAUAACUUAACAAAAAUCUCAUCGUUAUUUUUAUCAAAUCCGAUAUUAAUAGACCAUGUUUUCGAAAUAAACAGAAUUCAAAGUAUGCAGCAUUCUUAUAUUCAAGCGAUAGAGGUAGAAGGAAAUCCAUGUCUAGUCGUGAAAGACGCAAUAAAUGUGAUGAAAUCUCCAUCAGUAGAAUCGCACACUUUUUCAUUGUUUGCCGAAGACUCAAUUGCAAAUGAUUGGUCGAGCAGACAGUUAAGUCUGGAAGCAUCACAAACGAUUUACAAAAAUCAAAUGGAAUUGUUACAAAGUUUUUCACAAUGUGCAACUCUAACAUCGGAAGGUUCAUCCGUACUAGUUCCUGAUGAUAUUUCAACAUCUAUCACACCUGGAAAUAAAGUUGACAUUCCAUGUUGUAAUAAUGAUAUUAAAAAAGAAGAGAUUAAAGAAUGUGAAAAAAAACCAAGGGUGGAAAGUUUACCAGGAAAAAUUGAAAAAAAUGAAACAGACACCAAAGUUACCACUGUGAUACCAACAUCUGAAACGAUACAAAGAUCUCAUGAAGAAAACAGCACUCAAUCAACUCCUUCAAAACAUGACUCGUCUGGUGUGAGGAAAAAUACAUUUUCGUCUCUCUAUUCUUUGGGUUCUGCGAGUACCCUUUCAGUUCGAUCCAUAACCUCUGGAAAAACUAAACCGCCAAACGUAUUGAUUUACGCGGAAAGUCCAUCGACAACAGACAACAUAAAAAAUGUUCUAAGCGAAACAUUACACAAGCACAAGUACACAAUUUAUAGUAUUGGAGAAGCACAACUUUUAAACGGUAUUUGGGCUCCGAAUUGUUUUUUGUUGGUUAUUUGCGGAAACGUGUCACAACAAGUCGACAUUUUGUUAACUUCUUAUUUAAUACAAGGAGGAAAAUUACUUUGUCUCUGUUCUUCCUUUUUACAUUCUCUUCUUCCAACAUUUAGAACGGCCGAAGUUCGAGAACGAGAAUUGGUACGUUUUUCCUACAGCAAAUGGCAGAGAGUUCGUUUAAUGCAUCACGUUUUCUGUUAUCAAAAUUCACCGUCGAGAACGAAAUUUUCCGGGGAUUCGGAUGAAACGUCAAGUAGUGAUAAAGACAGAAUAAGUCCAGUACCGCAAACUCCAUCAUCGGUCGAAGUUAUCGAUAGUAAUGGCGUCUCGCACACUUUACACGUUCAAGUUUUGGGAGUCGAAGAAACGUGGCAAACUCCAAGUUUACUUUUUGCUUAUUUUCCAUCACCCGGAGGUUGUGCGGUAUUUUCUCAGGUACAUUUAGAAUUGGAUCCUUCGGCGAGUGGCGACGACGAAGACGAUGAGGAAUUGCAAAAAAGUUCGGUGACGAGAAAAGAAAUAAUCAAAGAUAUAUUAUCGACUCAUUUGGGUAUGGACGUGAGCGGAGGAGGGAUCAACGGAAGUGAUAAUAAUGAUAAAAUGGGUUCCGGUUCCGGUUCUCUCACAUACACGACAGCUUAUUUUUUAGGGGUUCACGAGGCGAAAUUAAAAUUUUUAGAUAAAAUAAAAUCUCGUUUGUUGGAAAAUGGCGUUUUGAAAUUGGAAACGAUGAAAUUGAAAUUUUGCAAAAAGGGAGAAACGCCUCCAACGGGAGCCACGGCCGAUUUUCUUCCCGUUUUGAUACAUUCGUGUCCGAGAGAUUUUUCAACCGUCGAAUAUUUCGAGAACCUGGAAACGACGAGUUUGGGACGUUUGAUGAUAUAUUCGGAAGUUUUGGGAAGUUCGAUGGAUUUGGUCAACGGAGAAUUGGAACACGGUUUUGCUGUUGUGCCUUCGCAACAAACUUCCGGUAAAGGAAGAACGUCGAAUCAAUGGUUGAGUCCUCCGGGUUGUGCCAUGUUCAGUCUUCAGGUACAUUUUUCAUCCGAGUCGUACAUGGGAAGGCAUCCUUCGGUUUUUCAACACGUCGUAUCCGCCGCCAUCGCAUCAUCACUCGCUGAAAUGGGAAAAGAUUAUGAAAAAGCAUUCGAUCUUCAUUUAAAAUGGCCGAACGAUUUGUACGUAAAAUCAAGUAUAAAAAUAGGAGGAUUGAUAGUCACGUGUUUCACAACGAAAACGAAAAUAAUAUGUAACAUUGGAUGCGGAAUAAAUUUGGACAACGAAAUGCCAACGACGUGUUUGAAUAAAUUAAUCGAGGAUUACAAUAGAGGGGAAAAUGGGGGGAGUGGGGCAAAAAAAAAAUUGAAAAAAUUAACCCGGGAAAAAUUACUCGCGAAAAUAUUUAACAAACUCGAAGAGAUUUUGGACAAGAUCGACGAAGAGGAUGAUAUAAAAUACGCGGAAAAUCUUUAUUACAAAUAUUGGUUACACGGCGGUGCCAACGUGAGAAUAUUAGAUUCGUUUGGAGAAAUAAAACAAGUCGUGAUAUUGGGAAUCGACGAAUUUGGUUUUUUAAAAGUCAAAGAUUCAAAGGGUCAAACGUUUGCCGUACAUCCGGAUGAGGAAAGGAGGUUGUUGGGGUUGUUGGUUGUUGAAAUGGGUUUUAUUCCUGAUGAUGAUGAUAUUGAUAAUAGAAAAUAG